CCAAUGAAUUUUGGUGAUCUCAUCAACUUGGAGAGCUUGGAUUUGUCGCAAAAUAAGAUUUCAGGACAAAUACCAGAAACUAUUGAGAAUCUCCAAAAUAUACGAUCUCUAUAUUUAUAUGAUAAUUUUAUUAUUGGGCAGAUACCAGAGACCUUCAACAGACUCUACAACUUGCAAUUCUUGGAUGUAUCACGUAACCACUUAACAAGGUUAGUAGCUGAGACUUUGAAUGGGCUCUGCAAUUUGAGUUUUAUAGAUUUAUCACAUAACCAUAUUGGUGGAGAGUUAAGCUAUCUAAUUGAUAGUUUACUACAUUGUGAACAAAGAGCCACUCUAUAUUUAUCUAUUAGUGGCAACAAUUUGAGUGGGAUUGUCCCUUCAAGUAUGGGUCAAUUAUCUGCAUUACAAGUAUUGGACCUCUCCUCAAACUUGUUGGAAGGUAAUAUCACUGAAGCACACUUUUCCAAACUCACCAACUUGGAACACUUGGACAUAUCUUAUAACUCCUUGAAUGUGAUCCUACCCGAUGAUUGGUUUCCACCUUUUAAUGCCAACCUUAUUAUCAUGAGCUCAUGUCAUUUGGGAACUAGAUUUCCAGUUUGGAUUCAAACACAAACAAAUUUGAAAUAUCUUUCUUUAUCUGAAGUUGGACUCUCCGGUAACCUUCCAACUUGGUUUUCAGAUAUCUCAACAAGUUUAUGGUAUCUUAACUUGAGUUCCAAUAACUUGAAUGGCCCACUACCCACUGCUCCUCCCGGGGAAGUAAUCGAUCUCUCCAAUAACUCAUUUGUUGGACCCAUUCCGUUGAGUUUUGCAAAUGGCCCGUACCUUCAAAUUUUGUCUUUAUCUCAUAACAAUAUCAAUGGUAGUUUUUUUUCCUUUUUCUGUAAUCUUAAUUCUCUCCGAGUCCUCGACCUAUCAAACAAUAAUUUAUCUGGGACAGUCUCAAAGUGUCAUAAAUCAUUCCCAACUUCUUUACAAUCUUUGCAUCUGAACCACAACAACUUGUCUGGAAGAUUUCCUUCCUUCCUGAAACAUUGUGAACAAUUGGUUACUCUCGAUCUUGGCGAAAAUAAUUUGUUUGAUGAAAUACCAAUAUGGAUGGGAGAAAAUCUUUUGUCCUUGAGAGUUCUUAGUUUGAAGUCAAACCUAUUUUAUGGUACCAUUCCAGUGCACAUAGCAAAUCUUACUUCUCUCCAAGUUUUGGAUCUUUCUUCCAACAAUCUUUCUGGUAGCAUACCUUCAUCUCUUGGAAAUUUUAAUGCUAUGGUUGAGAUACAACAUGAUACUACAUCGUUGCUUCAUCUUGUUGAUGGUGGUUAUUAUGGCGAGAGCAUAGUAAUAACAGCAAAAGGAUAUGACAUCCAAUACACCACAAUUCUCUCACUUGUAACAAGCAUAGACCUAUCAAACAAUAAUCUUUCCGGCGAGAUCCCAAGAGAGCUUACGAAACUUCAUGGAUUGCAUUUCUUGAACUUAUCCAAGAAUCAUUUGAGAGGAACCAUUCCAGAAAAGAUUGGUUCCAUGGAACAACUGGAAUCACUUGACUUAUCGAUGAAUAAUCUCACAGGAGAUAUUCCUUCCAGCUUUUCAUCUCUCAACUUCCUAAGCCACUUGAAUCUCUCUCACAAUAACUUGUCAGGAAGAAUUCCAACAGCCGGUGGUCAAAUGUCGACCUUCAUUGACGACCCGUCAAUCUACGAUGGUAAUGAAUACCUUUGUGGUACGCCACUGCCAGAGUGCCCUGGUGAUGCAGCUCAUCAAAGUCCACCUCAUGAACAGGAAGAGAAAAACGGUGACAGGCUUGAAACAGUGUGGGAAAUUACCAGCAUCGUCAUGGGUUUUGUGGUUGGUUUUUGGAGUUUUGUUGGAACAAUGAUCAUGAAACAGAGCAUAAGGAUUGCGUUCUUUCGAUUUUUCGACAAGGCUUACGAUUGGUGCUACGUGCAGUUGGCAGUCGGAUGUGCAAGGUUAAAGUCCAAACGGCAAAGUGUGACUUGAUCCAUCGGUGGCAAGAACUGAAGAGUUUACUGUUACAUCUUAAGGAGGUCUCAAGUUGCUUUUCCAGUUAGUAAUUCCAUCUCGUAUGUUAUCGUGUAAUGUUUUCAGAAUAAAGAAGGAAAAGGGUAUCGCAGUUGAUGGCCUUUUGCUUCAUCAGUAUGUAUGUAUUUGUUCUAAUCAGUUCAAAAACUUAAUCAUCCGUCGUUCUAAUCAAUAUGUUCAAGUCAGUCAUCCCUACCGUUGUCUUUAUGACAUUAUAAUCAAGCAGAAAGAAGUAUGCUGAAGAGCUUAUUGUUACAUCUUGAGGUCGCAAGCUGCUUUCAAGUAAUGCUGUCUGUAAUCAUCACG